CGCGCACGUUUCAAAUGCCAAUCAGCGUACGUCGCGCGAGAGCAGAUAUCAGAACAUUCUUGUUGUUUCGAGGCAAAGGGAGGGAAGCAGAAAGGAGAGAUGAGUUUGAGGGAGGUUGUCAUUGAUGAGGACAGCUUCAGCUCUCCUGUCUGUGAAGUCCACAUCUUGCUGGCUGCCCUUGACUGCAACCACCAUGUCCAUAGACCAGAUGGCUCCAUACAUGCAGUUAGUUCAUUGCCUUCUUGUCUGGCCUCAAGAUGUUACACAUGUGGAGUUUGGGUUUCUUCUGCUUCCUCACUGGGACAUCAUAUGCGGCAGAGAUCUGUUUUGAUGAGCUGGGCUGCUAUGGUGACCUCUCCCUGGGGGGGCACUGCUCAAAGACCAAUCUCUGCCCUGCCCUGGAGCCCCGUGAACAUUGGCACCCGCUUCCUCCUUUUCACCCAGAAGAACCGCUACUACCAGGAGAUCAGGGCUGACCAAACCAUACAGUCCUCAAACUACAGCGGGAAGAGAAAAACUCGGUUCAUCAUCCCUGGCUAUCUAGCAAAAGGAGAUGAGGACUGGCCACAAGAGAUGUGUAAAGUCAUGGUGAAGUCGCAGAAUGUGAAUUGCAUUGCUGUAGAGUGGAAGAACGGUGUGAAGACUCAGUAUGCUCAGGCUGCCAAUAAUGCCAGGGUGGUUGGUGCCCAGGUCGCACACAUGAUCACAUUCCUUAUGGGCAACUACAGCCAGGUGGCGGAUAAGUUCCAUAUUAUCGGACACAGCAUUGGAGCUCAUGCUGCAGGAGAAGCUGGCAGCAGGAUCAACGGCCUCGCACGCAUCACAGGACUGGACCCAGCUGAACCUUACUUUCAGGACACCGAUGCCUUCAUGCACCUGGACAUCAGUGAUGCUACCUUUGUGGAUGUAAUCCACACUGACGGACUUCCUUUUGAUUCCAGCCUUGGUCUGGGGAUGUCACAGCCCGUGGGCCACAUCGACUUCUAUCCCAAUGGAGGAACACUGAUGCCUGGCUGCUCUGCCAACAACGGCUAUCCCAAAGACCUGGAUGCUAUCUGGGAAGGUACCAAGAAGUUUGAUGCAUGCAACCAUAUCCGAGCCUACCAGUACUACAGUGAAAGCAUCGCUAAACCCCAGGGCUUUGUAGGAUUCCCCUGCUCGGACAAGGACAGUUUUACUGCUGGACAUUGUUUCCCAUGUGCAAACAGCAAAUGUCCUCAGAUGGGCUACCAUGCUGACAAGCUCCCUGUGACUGAUGGCCCGUCAGAGUACUUUCUCAACACUGGCAGUGCAAGCCCCUUUGGCCGUUACAGCUACAGUGUGACAGUAACCCUAGAUGGUUCCCACAAGUAUACCACAGGCUCCAUGUAUGUGGCACUCGCUGGAGCCAAAGAAAACACCAAGGAGUACCGGCUUUAUAAGGGUAAACUGGUGCCUGGGCGGGCCUAUGACAUGCUGAUUGAUGCUGAGGUGGAUGUGGGUAAUGUGACAAAGGUGAUGUUUCGGUGGGACGACUACAUCAUUAACAUCUUGAAACCCAAUUAUGGUGCAUCUAAGGUGGAGGUGCAGAGAGGAAAGGAUCGUCAGAUCUUCCUCUUCUGUGGAACAGAGAACGUGGCAGAGAAUGAGAUCCAGUCUGUGCUUCCAUGCCAAGCUUAAUCAGUCACAAUCACCAUGUCA